AUGAGUGAACCUGCACGGAAAAAACUGAAGAGCGAAUCGAAAGGCGAGACUAAUGGAACGAUUGCAAAGGGCAGUGGUAUCCCACAGUCUGUGGUUCACGCACUCUACUCUGAAUCAGUGGCCGCAAAACUGUGGAAUGUGGCCAGUAGAGCGUUGGGAAAGAUUGAACCUCCCACCUUCUUUCCCGAGUACACAGGCAAAGAUGGAGCCACAUACGUUUACCGACACCUCAGCUUCUGGACGUCUGGCUUCUUUCCCGGAUCCCUAUACCUGCUGCUCGAGCGCCAGACCAAGUAUAACAACAGCACAGAGCCAUCAGCUCCUCAUCCUCUCCUUCUUCAACACCUUUGCCAGUGGUGGACCAUCAACCUGCAUGAGAACGCCACCCUGAACACGACACAUGAUCUUGGCUUCAUGAUUGCGCCCUGGGCCGUCAAAGCGUGGGAGCUACACCGAGAUGCAAGGGCGUUUAACAGCCUGGUGACAGCAGCAAAUACUCUUGCUAGUCGAUUCUGCCCCAAAAUCCGGUCCAUCCGCAGCUGGGACACCUGUGUGACGAAGCGGUAUUCGUACACAGAUCCGUCCAAGGACUUUCUUGUCAUCAUCGACAACAUGCUCAAUCUCGACAUGCUGUUCUGGGUCGCCAAAGAAACUGGCAAUCGACAUCUGUAUGACGUCGCAGUGGCACACGCUCGCACAACGCAAAAAUACCAUAUUCGCCCAAAUCACUCCACAUACCACGUCGUGAACUUUGAUCAAGAGACAUGCCUGCCCAAGGAGAAGUUGACGAACCAGGGCUACAGCGACGAGAGUUGCUGGGCCAGAGGUCAGGCGUGGGGUAUCCUCGGGUUCUCACAGACAUUCCACUGGACUGGUGAUCCGUCCUUCUUGCAGACGUCGCGACAGCUGGCCGAUUUCUUCAUUGAGAACCUGCCCGCCGAUGGUGUGCCGUACUGGGACUUUGAUGCACCCGUCACGAGCGACUCGCCGAGAGAUACGUCCGCCGCGAUGAUCGCAUCCUGUGGAAUGCUCUUGAUCUACAAAGCACUCAGGGCGCAGGGCAAGUGCGACGAAUCACAGCAUUAUGUCUUUGCUGUCAGGCGAAUUGUGGAAGGGACAUUGAUCAAGUUUCUGAACCCUCCGACAUUCAGAUUCACAGUCCAGCCCUCCGGUCGAGGUAUUGAGACAUACGAAGAUGGCCUGCCCUGCGAUCACGAGGAGAAGCCGGAACCUGCAUUCUUGGCUGUGGACAAGUCCGUUGCGACGAAUGGGAUAAACGGCGGAGGGGUAAAUGGUAGUGAGAGCAAGAAGCCGAUAGCAGAUACGAUCCUCACCGGGGCCACGAUCAACAACUAUGAGUUUGCUCCCAGAAGAUGGGCCAACCAUGGUCUGGUCUAUGCGGAUUAUUAUUUCAUGCUUCUGGGGAACAUGUUGCUUGAAUUGGGCUUGGUGCCGUCGUUGCCAUAG